AUGUGGGACAUCGAACUACCUAAAUGGCUAAUAAGCCUUAUUAUUAUGUAUUUAAGUAUCCCAUUAGUGGUUUAUUACAUAAUUCCAUAUAUUUUGGUUGGGUCUGGAUCAAUGAAAAAAAGAAUUAUCAUAUAUGUAUUAGGAGAUUUAGGUCAUUCACCCCGUAUAUGUUACCAUGCAAGAAGUUUUAGCAGUAAGGGAUUUCAAGUUGAAUUAUGUGGUUAUGUAGAUAGUACCUUACCUGAAUUCAUAUUAAAAGAUAAUAAUAUUACUAUUCAUACUUUACAAGGAAUUAAAUCAUCAAAGAAUGGAAUAAUUGAAAUGAUACAGAAAGUAUUCUACCAAUUUUUUGGAAUUAUUAAACAUCUCUGGGAACUAAGAGGUAGUAAUUAUAUUCUGAUUCAAAAUCCACCAAGUAUCCCCAUUUUACCUAUUGUGGCACUAUACAGGAUUCUUACAGGAACAAAGUUAAUUAUCGAUUGGCACAAUUUAGCUUAUUCUAUUUUAAGAUUGAAAUAUAAUGGGAAUACCUCUCAUCCUUUAGUAAUUAUUUCUAUUUUUGUUGAGUUAGUUUUUUCCCAUAUGGCUGAUUAUAAUUUGACCGUAACUAAUACCAUGAAAGAUUUUCUUAUUAAUAAGUUUUGGCUCAAUUCGAAUAGAUGUUAUGUUUUAUAUGAUAGACCAGCUUCUCAAUUCAAACCUUUUAACAGUACUAAUGAAGACACUGAUAAGAGUAAUACUGAGUCCAUCAUAGAAAAAAGGACUGCAGCUAUUCUUUCAGAACCAUUUUUUAAAAAUAUUAUCCCAAAAGGGUUUGACUUAUCAUGUGGUGAUAAGAUUAUUGUUACCUCUACAUCAUUUACACCAGAUGAAGAUAUAAGUAUUCUAUUAGGUGCAUUAAAGAUAUAUGAAAAUUCGUUUGAAAAAUUUGACAAGACAUUGCCAAGAAUAUUAUGUCUAAUUACAGGAAAGGGUCCAUUGAAACCCAAAAUUGUGAAAGAAGUGAACGCUUUCAAAAGUUGGAAUCGUGUCCAUAUCGAAUUUCUAUGGUUGAGUCCAGAAGACUACCCCAAAUUGCUAAGCCUAUGUGAUUACGGUAUUUCAUUGCAUAAUUCAAGCUCAGGACUUGAUCUACCUAUGAAGAUUUUGGAUAUGUUCGGAUCUGGUAUUCCAGUUAUCGCAUUUAAUUAUCCUACUUUAGAUGAAUUAGUUAAACACAACAUCAAUGGUCUAAAAUUUGCUGAUAGAAGAGAGUUACAUGGAUCCAUAAUAUUUGCAGUGAAAGAUAAAGGUAUUGCUGAAAGUUUGAAAAAAGGAGCUAUAAAGGAAUCACGAUAUAGAUGGCAGUCAAGUUGGGAGAAUUGUAUGAAAGAUGCAAAGAUUAUCUAUUAA